AGCAGGUGGGGGAGUUUUAAACCCGAUAUCCAGACAGCCUGACGGACGAAGAGGCAGUCGGUAUCCACGUGCGUCUGGGACACCCUGUAUCAAGUUUGAUUCAACUUCGACGACGAAACAUCGCACAUAAUAUGCUUUCAAUUUUAUAACGCACGUAUUUUCCGCUUAGAAGGUGGUGGUGUUAUGGCGGUGUACAAGCAGCUUGCUUCCAUAAUGGAUUUGGAUUUGAUACCAGAGCCUGGAAAUCGCCUUGUCCUUGAACUGCUCAUCGGCGAAGGCACUUACGGUGAAGUUUACACUGCCAGAUACGCCGCCACAGGAGAGAGGGUUGCAGUCAAAAUUUUGGAAAAUGUUUCUGAGAACAUAGAAGAAAUACUGGAAGAGUACAAAAUCUUGAAAGACCUAUGUCAUCACCCCAAUCUCCCAUUGUUCUACGGGAUGUUUUUACGAAGGUUCCCAGUACUCGAAGAAGAUCAGUUAUGGUUUGUGAUGGAGCUUUGUAGUGGAGGAUCUGUGACAGAUUUAGUACAAGGUUUGAUGAAAUAUAAAGAAUCCCUUUUGGAAUAUCAGAUAGCAUAUAUUUUGGCAGAAACUAUAGAGGCUUUGGUGUACCUACAUGCAAACCACUGUAUGCACAGAGAUGUAAAAGGCCAUAAUAUACUGCUUACGGAAAAUGCCCAAGUGAAGCUUGUUGACUUUGGUGUAUCAUCUCAUCUUGAACGUACACACGGUCAUAAAAACACUUCAGUAGGAACACCGUAUUGGAUGGCCCCUGAGGUAAUUGCUUGCGAGCAACAGACAGAUUCUUGGUACGAUACGAGAUGUGACAUAUGGUCUCUUGGAAUCACUGCAAUCGAAUUAGCCGAAGGCGAUCCACCACUUUCAAAUCUUCAUCCAAUGAGAGCUCUUUUUCAAAUACCACGCAACCCACCACCAACUCUUCAAAGAAAAGACUGCCAUCUACUAAGUGAAUUUGUAUCUGACCUACUAGUAAAAGACAUGGAACGGCGGCCAUAUGCCAAACAGCUUCGAAGCCACCCCCUAAUUAGAAAAGGGGUGGAAUAUAGUUACAAGGCCCGUAUUGAAUUGGAAAAGGAAAUUCAAAGGCAACGGAUUUAUGGUAGAUAUAGUAGACAGCCUGAAAUAACUACAAAGCACGGGAAAUUAAAAUCUCACAAAAGAUAUGUCAAGAGUGAUAUAAAUGUGGAAGAUUUAGUCUGUCUUAGUGUGCUCACAGAAGAUAUAAUUGUUGAACAAUUGAAAGCUCGCUUUGAAAUUGAUCAAAUCUAUACUUACAUCGGAGAUAUCUUGAUUGGUAUUAACCCUUAUGCUUCUCUUGGAUUGUACACAGCAUCAAAACAAAGAUUAUACUGUAAACAGUCUAGAAGAAGUAAACCACCUCACAUUUUUGCUGUGGCCGAUGCUGCUUACCAAGCUCUUGUACAUCAAAAGAAAAACCAAAGCAUAGUUAUAAGUGGAGAGAGUGGAGCAGGCAAAACUGAAAGUGGGAACCUCUUAUUGAAACAACUUGUCUUCCUGGGCAAGGCUCCUAAUGGAAAUUUAGAAGAGCGGAUCCUUCAGGUAAAUCCACUUUUAGAAGCUUUUGGUAAUGCGCAGACAGGAAUAAAUGCUAAUUCAUCUAGAUUUGGCAAGUUCUUAGAACUGAGUUUAUCACCAUCGGGUAAAGUUUCUGGAGCUAGGGUUAACGUAUACCUUCUAGAACAGUCAAGAGUAGCACAGCAAUCAAGACAGGAGCAUAAUUUCCACGUGUUUUAUUAUUUGUAUGAAGGAAUAAUUAAUGAAAAAAGGCACCAGGAAUUUUACUUAGAUGUAGAUGUACAUAAAACACACCGUUACCUCAGUUCCCACAGGGAAGAUUACGAUACAAAAAUGAAAAAUGUAAAAAUGUACAAUGAAAUGAAACUAGCGUUUCAAAGGGUUGGCUUUCACAAAGGGGAGAUUGAUUCAGUUUACUGUAUAAUAUUUGCCAUUCUGCAUUUUGGAGACAUACGGUUUGGUGAAGUGAUUUCUCAGGAUAAUACUGACAAUAAAAGCAAAAUCAUGGAACUCAAACCACUUUACAGAGCUGCAAACUUACUCGGCUUAGACCCGAAUGACAUUAUGGAAUGCUUAUUAGAGAACAUCGUGAGCACUCGCGGUGAAACGAUCGUCAGGAAUAAUUCAGUUAUCGAUGCAAGCGCAUCUAGGGAUUCCAUAGUGAAAGCGCUGUACAGCCGACUGUUUGAUUGGAUUGUCAAUAGGAUCAACGGCCUCUUGUCAUUCAACACAAGAAAUGAACAAUUAUCUAUUGGAAUACUAGAUAUUUUUGGCUUUGAAAAUUUUGAACGAAAUUCCUUUGAGCAAUUGUGCAUAAAUAUAGCAAAUGAGCAAAUACAGUAUUACUUUAACCAACAUGUUUUCACAUGGGAACAACAGGAGUACAUGGCUGAAGGUAUACCCAUUGAUCUGGUAGAGUUUACAGACAACAGGCCUGUACUUGAUAUGCUGCUAUCUCGUCCGUUGGGCUUGUUAGCACUACUUGAUGAAGAAAGUAGAUUCCCAAGGGCAACAGACAAAUCAUUAAUAGAUAAAUUUCAUAGUAAUAUCAAGAGCAAGUUUUAUGUUAAACCGAAAUCGAAUGCUCCGUGUUUUGCAAUAAUUCAUUAUGCUGGUGGUGUGCUUUAUCAAGCAGAAGGCUUUUUAAAUAAAAAUAGACAUUUUCUGGCUCCCAGAGCUACAAAACUAUUGAGGUCCUCGAACCUAGAAAUUGUUAAAUGCCUCUUUGAUGGGCCAAUUUCAAAAACUGGAAAUUUAUACUCUGCAUCUAAAGACCAUCCUACCAAAUGUGCAAAGAACAACUAUUAUGAAAAUGUUCUCCAAUCGCAUUCAAGAUCUCAGCAGACAGCUGCAACGUACUUUAGGUAUUCAUUAAUGGAAUUACUUCAGAAAAUGGUGAUAGGUUCCCCUCAGUUUGUACGCUGCAUAAAGCCAAAUGAUAGAAGGUUACCGCAUGUCUUCGAUUCAGCAAGAGUUAAUCAGCAAUUGCGAUACAUUGGAGUUAUGGAAACGAUUAGGAUACGUCAACAAGGAUUUUCUCAUCGAAUCAGUUUUAAUGAUUUAUUAAACAGUUAUGGUUUUCUAGCAUUUAGAUACAACGAACAUGUUCUACCUACCAAAGAUCACUGCAGGCUAUUGCUCUUACGAUUGAAGAUGAACGGGUGGGCUGUUGGAAAGACGAAAGUUUUUCUCAAAUAUUUUCAUGUUGAAUACCUCACCAAACUUUAUGAAGAUAAGAUACGAAAAAUUAUUAUUAUUCAGAGUUGCAUUCGAGGGUGGUUAGCGAGGCAGAGGUGUCAUAAACUGAGGAGACAAUUGAUGUAUAGUGCAGUCACUCUGCAGCGUUACAUACGAGGAUGGUUGGCAAGAAAGAGCACUACAAAAUCAAAUGGGAAACAGAAAGUGAACAAUGAAUUCAAAUACAUGAUCAGGCAACAACAGCCGACAAAACAGCAAACUGAUAACGAAGAAGAACUUUCAACGCCUUGGGGAAAUGUCAAAAUGAGAAGAAUCAAUCACCUGAAAAAUGAUGUUUAUUCGGAAAGAGAUGUCAACUUAAAUCAUAAACAGGUUGUCACAAAAAGUAGAAAACCUCAAUGUCUUCAAAAAGCGGUUGUUGGACCUUUAAAAAAUGAUUCAAAUAAGCAACAUGAACUUAAUGCUUUAUGUAACGAUAUCCAUUCAAAAAAUAAGCAGGUACAAAAUUAUGUUCGCCAGAAUGCAUCUGAAGUUCAUCUAAGGCAAAUCAGCAAUGACGUAUUAAACAAUGAGGUGGAGCAAUCAUCGAAAUCGGUUUCACCUUCUUCUUUCAGCUCAUCUUCUGACAAAGAGAAAGUUUCCGGAUCAUGGAGGUACCGGAAUAAAUACAUUAAACCUGAGCUUCAGAUAAACGAUGACAAUGAAGGUCCGUAUAACUUCCGUAAACUUCUACGGCCAACUGAACAUCCACCGACAGAAUCAUUAAGAAAACAUCUCGGAGCAAGGUGCAGACCAGUGAAUCUAAAAGCAAUGUAGUAUAUGAACAUAUUUAAAACUUUUGUCUCUCCUUUUUUUCCCCACCUUUAGAAGUUAAUAACAAACAAAAUCUAUUGUUUAUCAUUUAACCAUAUUGUCUACCAUUUUCAUUACCACUUUUACCUCUUUUAGGGAAAAAAUGCCACCGUCAGAAUUUAAUGUUUUAGAAGGAAAAAAUGUAGUUUACCACUAUCCAUGUUUAUUGUAGUUACUAAAAUGUUAUCAUUUGUGUGAGUGACAUCAACAAAAUUGUACAAAGUUUUUUUGAGUGUGUUUAAUUUGUCACCCGAUUUUCAAUUUUUAAUUACAUGUUAAAAUGUGUAUAUUCUUGUACUUUUGUAUUGUUAAUAAUUUGUUAAUAUUGUAAUUAAAUAAAAUUGUUAUGACAGCA